AUUACUCUCUCUUUCCCUCUCUUAAAGAACGAAGAGGAUCGAAGAAAAUAUAAAUAAAUCGUUUGAUAUAUUUGUUUAAAUACUUUCAAUCGUCCAAUGUAAUUUUAAUGUUCCAAUUGAAACAGUUGAUUGAAAAACAUAAUAAUUACCGAGUGAUUAAAAAGUAAAGUAGUCAUGUGAUCGCUGACUCGACAUAAUCGCUUCAUUGUAGUCUUUCAAACAAUAAUCAGUUUUAAUUUCGAUGUGUGGCAGUAUAUAUUUUUUAUCGACUAGUGCACAAAAAGGGGAAAGAGUGAGAGAAAUUCGUUUAAAAAUUACUUUAUUUAAAAAUUUGUAAAUAACGAAUGAUGCAUUUCUUAACCAUUAUGAUAGAGUAAAAUAAUAUCUUCGAAAGAAAGAAUAGACAACGAGGAUAUAUACAUUUUAAGACACCUGCGGACUUGGAUACUUCCGAUUGCGAGUCUGGAGUCCUAAGAUCGCGAACAAAAUGGAUAAAAACGAUAAUAACUUCGGCUCGUAUAAAAACCAUUCUGCUAUUUAUGAGAGAUCUUUGGAGAAUCCCAAAGAAUUUUGGGCAGAGAUAGGAAAAUUGAUUAAUUGGUUCAAACCGUGGAAUAAUAUCCUCGACAAUGCCAACGAACCUUUCACCAAAUGGUUCGUCGUGGGAGAGUUGAAUGCCUGAUACAAUGCUGUCGAUCGUCACGUUGAGUUUGGCAACGGUGAGAAAGCAGCCAUCAUUUAUGAUAGCCCACAAAUUUCGAUUAUCAGAAAAGUGACCUACAAUGAGCUGUUGGAAAAAACCUCGUUGCUGGCCAGGGCUUUAGCUGAUAUUGGAGUUAGUAAAGGCAAUAAAGUUAUCAUCUACAUGCCACUUAUACCAGCGACUAUAAUAACCAUUUUAGCCGUCGCCAGGCUUGGUGCUAUCUACUCGGUUGUUUUUGGAGGAUUCGCUGCAAAAGAGCUGACCAACAGGAUAAAUCACGCGAAACCAAAGAUAGUCGUCAUUGCCAGCUGCGGCCUGGAGCUUAACAAAAUUAUUACGUAAUAUCAAAUUCUUCUUAUUUAAAA